AUGAGCUACAGGCCUUUUCAUGGCCAGGGGCAGGGCCAGCAGGGCUCCCAGCAGCCGCUGCCAGUGCCCGGAAUGAAUCCGCCUUCAUCGUAUUUGCCAAAUGGCUAUCAACAGUUUACGAGCCCUCAACAGCAGCAGCAACAAUACUACUCGAUGUCCCCGCAACAAGGACAGCAGCAGCAGCAGCAGCAACAGGCGUACCUUCAGCAGCAACAGAUGGCGCAGUAUGGUGGCAUGCAGGCGGCUUACCAAGGGUAUGAUGCAACGGGGCAACCAUAUGGGAAUCAUCAGCUGCAGCCAGCUGCAGCGCAAUACGUUCCUCCGUCGAAUGUAUGGCAGCAUCAACAGUCACCGGGCGGGCAGAACAUGAUGUAUCAGCAGCAGUUCCAGCAGCAACAGCACCACCAACAGCAGCAGCAGAUGUAUCAGAGGCACGUCGCGUCACCGCAGCAGCAGGUUCAACAAAGGAGGCCUAGCCAACAUAUCCCUUCACCGCAGCAAAGAACACCAUCCAUAUCACAGACCCAAGGUUACAGACUUCCGCAGCCUCAGGCGCAAGCGCAGCAGCAAAACCACCACCCUCAAUAUUCACAGCACACUCCGCAGCAACAAUACCAACAACAGUCCCAACAACAACAACAACAACAACAACCUCAUAUCCAACAGCAGCCGCAAACUACGAUCCUUCAACCUUCACCUCAGCGCAUUCAAACACAAAUUCCCCCGCCGGCUCAGCCACAGGUGCUGCAGGAAACGCAACAUAACCAACAACCCCGCCAAGACUUUCAGCGACAGCAGCAACAAACAAUUCAGCAAGCUGCGCAGAAGCAGGUCCAAGAGCCAGUCGCCGAGAUCAAAGGUGAAAAUAAUCCUGAGCCUGCGCCAUAUCAGCCUAUCCAAGUUGAGCCGGAGCAACUGCAUUUUGUGAACUUGCAGGACAUCCAGAAAUUGCCCUCACUUCCUCCAGUUGCCAUGGGACAGAAACAGAGCACUGUUGCUCCUGCUCCGCAGCCUGAACAGCCCGGGAAUUGGUCUUCCCAAAAUGACGCCAGCACCAUCAACCCAUCCGAUAUUAUGCUGAGCAGUCCCCAGGCUCAACCUCUUCCACCACAGCCUCAAGCGCAACCCCAACCACGACGGCAAUCUACGCCUCAACGGUAUCCGCAGCAACAACCAGCGCAAGUGCAACCGCAAAUGACAACUCCUCGAAUAAAACCAAGCCCGCUUUCUUCCGUCGCCAACUCUCCUGCGAUUAGCGCUCGCUCUCCGAGUAUCACAAAGAAGUCGCCGGCUACUACCCCUAAAGCUCGGCCUGUAGACACUGUGCAUGUCAUGGUUUCAGUAGCAGAAGAGUGCUUCGAUAAAGCUCGUAGUUCUGUGCACGAUGUUGCCAUGUCUAUGAACAAAGAGACAGAGAAUUCUAUGGAAGCUGAGACCGCCAUUACGAAAGGCAUUUCACUUUGCGAAAAACUCUUGUUCCAGCGGAACCACAAAGCCGCUUUGAAUGCAGCUGACAGACAGAUUGCUGACUGUGAAACUUAUAAGCAUCCCCAUUGGGUAUAUGCAUUCAGACUACUGAAGGCCGCUUUCUACAUGGAGCUUGACCGGACAGCUGAUGCUAGUGCUCUUGAGAACAUUCGCUCCGUCCAAGUCACUGCAAGCAACCGCGGCGACAACGCGGUGAGCGUGUUCGCUUCCAUUCUCGAGGGCUUCGCUCUCCUGAAAGCUUCCAAGGAUGGCAAUCUUGAAAAGGUCCAGGCAUGCCUUGCGCAGGUGGCCAAGUUUCAGUUUGACGAAUCGGUUCACAUAAUGCAGCUCGAUGUACUUACGUUGCUCCUGGAUCUAGUUUCCAGUAUCAAUCAUUCUAAUUUGGAGUUGACGUUGCAAAAGCUCAAGAUGUUGCAAGACCGCAUGGAUGGGUGUCAGGAUUGGCACACUGUCAAGUCUGAUUUCCUGAUCCCAGUCAAGAUGCAACCUUCUACAGGGCAUACAAUCAGCAGCGACACAGCUGGUAUUAUUCGAAGCGGAGGUGAUGCGCCAGUGAACUAUUUGGUUAUGACGUUCAUGACCAAGAUGGAACUGACCUCUCUUAUCUUCACCUUUACGGGCCUGGUAAACAUGCACAAGUCAAGUGCGCAUGGUCGUCGGACAGCGGAAUUCUGGCAAGAAGGUGUCAGAGUUCUCGAUACCUGGAAACUCGAGGCUCUUGUAACAUCAUCUUCACAGGGUAUCUUGCGACUGCUCGCUUGCUAUCUAUCCGCUAUCUACCAGCAGGCCAUGGGAAACUUGAGGUUGGCUAUGGAACUUUUCCAGGGCCCCCAGUUCGAUCUCGACCAGCGUGGAACUGGAGUUAAAGCUGCGCAUCGCGAAUUGGCUAUGCUAGCUGGUCUCAACAGACUUUGGAUCAUGCAGCACCCUUCCGAGAGGAACGACCCGGAAACGCUUGAUCUGAUAGAUCGACUACAUCCGCUAUGUGCCAACCAUCACAAUGUCGAUUUGCGGACAGCUUGGCACAAUGUCAUGGCCGCUGUCGUCACGGAGCCAUCACAGCAACUCAAUCACCAGAAACAGCAUAUACAAGCUGCCAUGGCCGGGUCCAAAUCCACUAACAACGUUUUGGGGGCUGCCGUCACUCUGGCCAUUAUGCGCAGUCGGUUGUUUGAGAAUGUCAUUGGCGAGCAAGCGCUCAAAUCUGCCAUGGCGGCAGCCAAGCAGGCACAGCGUAGCGGAAAUGUUUUGUGGCAGAGUGUAGCAGACGGCAUGCUGGCUCAGUCGUACGAAGUACAAGGCCAUCGUCAGCAAGCAGCGUAUGAAAGAGAAAAGGCCACAAGGGAAGCGCAGGAGGCAUUCUCGGGAUUCUCGGGAUCUUGA